GCGGCGCAGGCGCAAUGAGCACAGCGGCGGCGGGCGUCAUGUCGGAAAAGAAGCAGCCGGUGGACCUGGGGCUCCUGGAGGAGGACGACGAGUUCGAGGAGUUCCCGGCCGAAGACUGGGCUGGUUUAGAUGAAGACGAGGAUGCACAUGUUUGGGAAGAUAAUUGGGAUGAUGACAACGUCGAGGACGACUUCUCCAAUCAGUUACGAGCUGAAUUGGAGAAGCACGGAUACAAGAUGGAGACCUCGUAGCAGCGCCUGGUGCCUGGGGAGACGGAGGAAUGUCGGAUCGAACUGUGGGCAGCACGAGGAAGAGAGGGAGGGAUGGAGGGAGAGGACCCCGGCCUGGGAUGGCCAAUGACAAUAAAUGGUUUGAAUUCA